CAAAAAAGUAGCAGAGUUGUUUCCGAAAAGUUUGACCCAGGCUUUUGAUGAUGUCGGGCGCUAUGCAGCAAAAACAAGAUAAUGUAGCGUUACCCGUGUUCGCUGCUGUCACCCUGGCACUCAUAACCAUCCUCAGUGUGUGGAAGUUAAAGCAGUUCAAAUAUAAAUUGGUAAAUGAAGCUGGGGUUGCAAUGUUUUAUGGUUUGCUUCUGGGGUUAACUGUGAGAUUAAUAUGGACUGAUAAAGGAGAGCAGUGUCCGGGGAACACAACAGCAACGAAUGAGCAAGAGAACACUUCUGACAUCUCGAUGGUCAACAUCACGCCACAUGGAUACAUCAGAAAUGACAAACGCCAGUUUAGCUCACAUCCUGAGGAGACCUUUGAUCUGCAGGUCCUUUUCAAUCUGUUCCUGCCACCCAUCAUCUUCCAUGGAGCUUACACUCUUAAUCAGAAACGAUUCAUUGCAAACCUGGGAUCUGUUCUCACCUACGCUUUUGCAGGUACCAUAAUCAGCUGCAUGUGCAUAGGGGCUUGCAUGUACGGCUUCACCAAACUGAUGCCACCAAAAGAAGAAUUCCUCCUCACUCACUGCCUCCUUUUUGGUGCCAUUAUGUCAGCCACUGAUCCAGUCUCAGUCCUUGGCCUGUUAUCAGAUCUGCGUGUGGACUUGGAUCUGCACAUGCUGCUGUUUGGCGAGAGUGUCCUGAAUGAUGCCGUAGCCAUCGUCCUGACACAUGCCAUCACCACCUACACCCAGAUGGAUGCAGGACUCAUCUUCGACCCCACUGCCUUUCUCCACGCCUUUGUUUUUUUUCUCGGAGUGCUCAUUGGCUCCUUCCUCUUAGGUCUCAUUUUCACAGUAAUAACAGCCCUCCUCACCAAAUUCACUCGGCUGCAUGAAAAUCCCCUGCUGGAAACGUCAGUCUUCUUCUUGCUGUCCUGGAGCAGCUACCUCUCGGCUGAAGCCUGCGGGCUAUCAGGUAUUGUGGCAGUGAUGUUUUGCGGCUUGAGUCAGGCAAGGUACACAGUUCUCAACUUGUCCUCUGAGGGCAGGGCAAGGAUCAAGCAGCUCUUUGAAGUCUUCAACUUCCUCGGGGAGAUUUCCAUCUUCGGCUACAUGGGAUAUAUAUUGUUGAAGUUCACUUGCCAUAAAUUUGAACCAGUCUUCAUUUCUGGGGCACUUCUGUCCGUCUUUCUUUCAAGAGCAUUCAACAUCUACCCUUUAUCUUUCCUGCUGAACCUUGGUCGCACAAACAAGAUACCUUGCAAGUUCCAGCACUUCAUGAUGUUUGCAGGUUUGAGGGGGGCUGUGGCUUUCAGACUGGCUGUAAAAAACACAGCUACAGAAGUGACGCGCACCAUCUUCACCACCACCCUACUGAUGAUUGGCUUCACCAUCUGGGUACUUGGUACGGCUGCCGAUCCCAUGCUGCGGCGUCUGGACAUCAGAGUGGGGGUGGAUCCAGAUGAAAACCAGGAGGACCACUCUUUUGAGAUUGCUACAGAGAGGCCAGACACAACACAGGGCCUGUGGCACUCUCUCGACUACAAAUAUCUAAAGCCAGUGCUGACUCAUUGUGGCCCCCCGCUGACUGAGUCACUGCCACAGUGUUGUGGUAUAUUUGCCAGAGUCUUCAGUAGCCCCCGUGUGCAGGAGGAUGAAGAAGAAGAGCUGUGUGAGAUAGAAGCAGGAAAAAACACCCUGGAUUUGGGGAAAACGGAGAGCCAGCAGGGAUCGUCCGAAAGCGAUUCUGCAUCCGAGCACCAAGAGGACCUGCUGGACGGAGACCUGGGCCUCGGCACUGCUCCAGUUCACCCGAGGGAGGCAAGCGGCUCCAGUACUCAGCUCUAACCUCGUCUUAUCAGCUAUUGCUCCCUGAUGUCAAAACCCCCACCUCCCAUAGUGAAUGGAGGUCACUGGUCAGGACAUCUGCCAACAGCUGACUGAGAGUUAGAGUUUCAAUGGUUCCCAAAAGGUCAUGCACUCCCCCUGUGCUGAAAUGCACGCAAAGACACACACUCACACAGGAAGGGGAAAAAAACAAUUACAAAGGCCACCGCUCUUCCUGUUGCACUGCUGAUGAUUUCCUUGUCUCAAACUGCUCUGGGGAAGUUAAAAACUGAAAUGAAAAUGUUAAGUGUACCUUUCACCUUUGUCAUAAAGCAGCAGCUGUCAUGAAAAUAAAUAAAGGUAAUAUGUUAAGUCAGAGAUUAAUUAUAAGCAGGGCAGCUACAUGAUACACGGUUACGUAAUGCUUAGGUUUCAAGCUUUAGGGAGAAUUACUCAUCACUGUACUCUGUGAUUGAACACUGCAGUAUUUCCCUUAAUCAGCUGAAAUGGUAUUUUCUUGCCAACUUUGCUUAGCUCUUCCCCAGCCCCUUAUUAAACUUUUAUUGCACUGUUUUCUGCUGCAAUCCUUUUAACUGAUUCAAAUGUAUUCUGCUAAAUUUAUUACCACCCCCACCACCCCAUCUCCUGCCAUGUCUUCCUUAUCAUUCUCUGCUGUGCAAGAAUGUAUCCAAAUGGUUAAAAGUACUAACAGCUUUCGGGGGAGAAUAAAAAAAGAGAGACGAUUUGCAUGUGAAGUUUCGCUCCAACUGCUUUAAUUAAAGAUUGCACUUUGCUGCUUUCUAUGUGCAUCACUGUAAAUCUCAGGGCCCCAUUUUUUUUUCCCCUUGAGUGAAACGGGGUGUUGUUUACUGCACAAAUACGAUUUGUGAAGGUUAGGCUGUGCGAAUAUGCAGAUGGUUAGUCGUGUAUUAAUAAAGCCAUUGUCCUUGAA